AUGAACAAACUAGAUAAGAUGAUUAAGGAAUAUAGAGGAUUGGCGAAUACAUCGAGCGUUCUAAUAAAGGAAGUAGAAAACACGACAAAGCUGCAGAAAAUGAUUCAUGAUGAAUUACUGUUAGGUGAAUUUUCUAUAAAACAAAGACAGAGUAACUUAAUGGGUGAGGCUUAUUAUUUGGAGAAUUGGUAUAAUGAGAGGUUAAAACAAAUGUCGACUCCAACACCAACUCCUACACCUACUCCUACAGUAGCUCCAACACCAACUCCCACUCCUGAACCAACAGUAG